AUGACGGACGAGUCAGAAGACUACUCGGAAAGCGAAGCCGGAUACUAUUCAGGCAAUAUCACAGAUGGUACAGGUGACGAGGAAUUCGACAGGAUAUUGGUCAACGCCUUACUGGGACCGGAGCUUGGUAGGGGCAAUGGACCUGCAGCUCCAUCCCAAGGGGCCGUGUCAUACCAACCAGCAACACUACAACCGGAACAAUGGGGACCUGUUUAUUCCGCUCCAGCAUCGCCUUCUAUUCAGCAGUGGCAGUCACAGAGCCAGGAUGAAUCGAGCGUGGAUGUUGCCCUGGAGAGCAACACCGACACACAAGAUAUCGAAACGAGCGACACUUUUCCUCAGCAGCCGCAAUUCGUGAGCGACGACGACUCAGACUUGAGCGAGGACGACUCGGACUCGAGCGACGACGACUCGGAUUCGAGCGAGGACGAUGCAGAAGAUAUCGAGAUAGUAGCCCCAUCGGACGCGUCAAGUACCCCUUCCCCGCCACGAGACGACGACGAGAAGCAGAGAAGGUUGGAUCGAGAGCGGACCAACGCCUCGCACGCCAACGAAGCCGCGCGCGUCGCCUACUGGAUCAACAAGAAGAACGCCGUCUGGCUCAACAGGGCGCCGCCGAUCGACACAGCCGCGUCCGCCAUGACAAAGGAGGACUUCAACGCCCGCUACACGACCCCGGGCGCGAACGGGCAGCCGCGGGCCAUGGAGCCGCACGAGAUGCUCGCGCGCGACAUCGCGACGCCGAAGGGCGAGGUGCCCGCCGCGCAGCGCCAGGCCGCCGACUACUGGGACCCGCCGCAGCGGAUCAAGGAAGUCGCGGGCGACCGCACCGACUUCGUGCGCGGCCAGGACUACCUCGCCGCGGGCAACCUGCCCUGGCUGCUCGGCUUCCUCGAGCGCCGGCCCCUGGAGGUCGAGGUCGCGGCCGAGGUCAAAGGGAAGGGGAAGGAGAAGGAGAAGAAGAAGCCGCGCAGCCGCAAGCUGCCCGUGCUCAAGGACGGCGGGGGCAACGCCGUGCUGGGCCCCAACGGCGACGAGCUCGCCGACCUGCCCAUCCUGCCGCGCCGCAUCUCGCGCGCCGUCGAAGGGUGGCGCGCCGCCGCGUGGAUCACGUACGACAGCCGCGUCACGGCGGCCGAGAUCGAGAAGCGCAUCUGGAGCUCCGACCCCAAGUUGCCCAAGCUUCGCGUGGCGAAGAAGAUCGAGGACUGGUCGGCCGGCUUCGGCGGCUUCAACGUCACGGCGAGGACGAGGGGCGAGAAGGACCUGGACCGCGACUAUAUCCAGGCGUCCAGGCAUGACUGCUUGGUCAUGGACCGCAUCAACCCGCUGACCCUGUACGGCACCCGCGCCGCAAACGGGGGGCUUACGCAGGACCAGAAGAACACGAAGCGGAAGAUAUUUGGAAACACGGUUUGGCACGUUGUGCGGGUCAAGGAUACGAAAGAAUGGGGUAUUCAGCAAUCGUUCAUGAACGAAGUUGGUCCGAAUGUCCGACACGUGUUCCCAAUGCCCUUUGUCUACGAUGCCGACGCCACCCGGUCUCGGAAGGCGUGUGCGAAGCGCGACCAGAUCGAGUCGUAUCGUUAUAGAAGCGAUCCGAAAGUGAAGGACUGGAAGGCUUUUGCCAGUAAAAACUCGGCAUGGGUCUGGGGUGUCGACAGGAACCAGAGCCAGAGGAAGGAAACUCAGGGAAAACGCUCGGGACAAGUCUCUGCAAACACUUCUGAUGCCGAUGCCGGACCGCACGCGGAUGAGGACGAAGCGGGUGCCGAAGGCGACGAGGCUGCCGAAGCGGCGUCUACCAAUGCCAACAAAGGGGGUUCUGCGAACAAACCCAAAAAGAAAGGCCAAAAAAGGAAAGGCACAGGAGGAGGGAAGAACAAAGACUCCCCUAGUCAUGGGGGAGGCCAACCUUCUCUCCGCAAUGACGAAAGGUAUGUUGCCACUCCCAUUGGCCAACGUUCCGCAAGGCAGCAUCUAACCGUGCCAAAUCACUCCAGUGACGAAGAUCAGCAUUUUGUCUUUCACUACGCGGGCCAAGAGCUAAGUGAUGAGAUUCUACAAGCCCUAAUGAACGUAGAAAGGGCUGGGCUUUACAUGAUAGCAUGUCCGAAGAAGCAUCGCGGCCAAUUGGAAAGGUACAAAGAGCGCCAAGACGCAGCGGCUUUCUUGGACUAUGUGAGGUCGGCAGUGAGGCUUGGCGGCGAAGCUCAUCAAAAGGACAUGAUCCGGAAUCCUCAGUGGCGAGAGGAGCGCCGCGCUUACCUUUGUGACGACACACAGAACGAAGUUCGUCGGUUCCAUUCUGCCAUUCUUCUUCUAAUUGUGCUACGUUGCCAAAGGCUCACUUGGAAAUCAAGAGAGUUGUUCGAGCUGCAGAUCGCACCCGAUUUCGUACCUACUGAUGAGGAUUCUAUCCUUCGAGACUACGAAGGGUUGAGCAACGAUGCUGUUGAGCGUCGCACAGCACUUGUGCACGACGUAAUUUCUGCAGCGGAUCACUACUGGGAGAAUAAUUUCUCCAACGAACCUAGAUUUGUCUCGAGUGUACCAUUUGGACGAGCCCCAUCGCAAGCGCCUGAUCUCCCGGAAAUUCCAUUCAAAUACGGACAUCAUCGUCAAGGGGGUCAUCAGCCAGCGCAAAACUCGUCUCCUCGGCCAACCCACGAAGGACAAGCACGGACUACACCCCGCCAAACUCAACAGUCAAACCCCCUCAUACCGCGCGAGAGCCCAUCAUGGGAGACCAUACAACGGAUAUCACGUGCACAAGAAGAAGAGCAGGAACAACAACAGCCCGAGCGAAGCACGGCGCGGAAUGUUCCCAGCAAAGCCAGACCAUCUAAUCAAGCACCGCUGCCACGCACCCCCCAACCGACUCAGGGACAGACGCGUUUCCCCCACACUUCACCCUCUCAAGCAAUCCCGUUCCGGAGAUCGCCAAGAGUAAACCAGGCCGACCUGGACGCAGCUCAAAACCAGGCCGCAACCUACGCCGGCCCCAGGACACCCACUCCGGCAGCCCCGUCGGGGUCGUCACCAGGAAGGUCGCAAACCCCACAGUGGAAUCCAAUAAAAGUCACCCCCAAAGUUCGAGAAUUGCUUGACCAAUACGACGAUGACUUUUUCGUCUUCGACGACCAGCAAGCCGCGCUUACAGAACAAGAGACCCAACAACAACAACAACCCGCCUACCCCUCCCCAUCCGCCGCGCAACAAUACCUCCUCUACCCCCCCUCCGGCGCCGCGCCCAGCACCCUCCCAUCCCCCGAAGGCAUAUACGCCAUGAUCGGCCACCCCAUGGCCCAACCCAGCUUCCUCAACAACCCCGUCUUGAACCCGGCCACCUCGACGUGGGCGCCGGACCCGCAGCUGCUGCAGCAGCACUCGCCGCCCAUCGACCCGGCCAUCCUACAGCGCCGCACGCGCUCACGCUCGCUCUCGAUCGCAGCCGCUGCGGAAGCGACGGCGGCUGCGCUGCAGCAGCAGGCUCAGCCGCAGAUCGCUCCGUACAGGAGGACGCGCUCGCGGUCGCAUUCGAUUGCGGCGGAAGCGGCGGCGGCGGCGGCGGCGGCGGCGGCAGCAGCACCCGCCACUUCGCGGAAGCGUGGACGGCGCGAGGAGGAGGAGGAGGAUGGGGCCGACGUCGCGGAUCCGGACACGCCGAUCAGGUCUGUUGAGCUGCAGCACGGCGGCGGCGGAUCAGCGGCGCAACGGCCGCCGAAGAAGAGGUCGAGGACGACGACGACGGCUACGACUACGACGACGGCAGCUACGACGAGACGGGCGAGCGUGGAGCGGGAAGGACAAGGUACAGCCGCUGCGCCCGGCCCGACGAGCCGGCGGAUGAGGGGAUCUGCGGCGCGGACGCGGGGGGCGGCUGCGGGGCUCGUUGGGAGGAGGCGGAGGUUGACGACCUUGCCUGAGGUGGUUGAGGAGGAGGAGGAGGAGGAUGAGGAUGGGGAAGGGAAUGGAGCGGGAGCGGCUGUUGAGACUGAUCAGGAUGUUGGCACAAAGGCGUCGACGAAGAAGAAGAGGAGGAGAGAAGUGUCCCCGGGACCGCCGGAGCCGGCGGCGCCGGGGGGGAGGGUGACGCGGAGUAUGUCGGUGGCGACGCAGGGGGGGAAGGGAGGAGGGAAGACGAGGAAGGGGAGUAAGGCGAAACAAACGGAGACGGAAGACGAGGAGGGCAAGAAGUCGAAACGGAGGAAGAGGAAAUGA